CCGGUGCGUGGUGAAGUUGAGUUUGAGUUGCUCAAAAAUUAAUAACCAGCCAAUUUCACUCGAUUUUUCGACGAUAUCGGUCAGAUAUUCUCUGUUCUUUUAUAUAACAGCUACCGAUCGACAUUUCUAUUCUCAAACUGAACCGAUUUUUGGCGAACAUGGCGUUUAAUUUGAAGAGAGUUCUGAUCAGUGAUGAAGUUGCACCAAAAUGUGUGGAAAUUCUCCAAACCAACGGAAUCGAAGUGCUCAAAAACACAAAACUGACCAAGGAGCAGUUGUUGUCAGAAAUUCCAAAAUAUGAUGGCCUCAUUGUACGCUCGGCAACCAAGGUCACAUCUGAUGUUAUUGAGGCAGGAACAAGGUUGAAGAUCAUCGGGCGUGCUGGUACCGGGGUCGACAACAUCGACUGUAAUGCCGCAACCAAGAGGGGUGUCAUUGUGAUGAACACUCCAGGCGGCAACACUCUCAGUGCCGCUGAACACACAUGUUCCAUGAUCAUGGCUGUCAGCCGUCACAUUCCCCAGGGCCAUGAGACCAUGCGACAAGGGAAGUGGGACCGAAAGAAGUUCAUGGGAAAUGAAGUCUACGGAAAGACACUAGCCAUUAUAGGACUUGGGCGCAUCGGUAAAGAGGUUGCCACACGAAUGCAAGCAUUUGGAAUGACGACAAUUGGUUAUGACCCCAUCAUUCCUGCGGAAGUUUCUGCCACAUUCGACACAGAAUGGAUGCCCCUGGAUGACCUUUGGCCUAAAGCUGAUUAUAUCACCGUGCACACCCCCCUCAUUCCACAAACCAGAAAUCUCAUAAAUCUUGAAGUUCUCAAGAAGUGCAAAAAGAACGUCCGUCUUAUCAACGUGGCACGUGGCGGUAUCAUUGAUGAGGAAGGUCUCCUCCAGGCUCUCGAACAGGGAUUCUGCGGAGGGGCAGCCUUGGAUGUGUUUGUCGAGGAACCACCGACGAAUACGAAACUAACUCAACACCCACUGAUAGUGUGUACCCCACAUCUCGGUGCCAGCACUGUCGAGGCCCAGGCUCGAGUAGCAGAGGAGAUUGCUGAGCAGUUUGUUGCCGGUGUUCAGGGGAAAAGUUUAUUUGGUGCUAUCAAUGCCCAAGCUAUGACCAAUGCCUUGAGUGCUGACACGAAACCUUGGGUUCAGUGUGGGACAGCCAUGGGAGCAGUUUUGGCAACGAUGUCAGGAAGUGGCAUGAACAGCAACACUAAGGUCAAGGUUAUAUCACAAGGUCCUGGAUUGGACAAGUCCGGUUCUUACCUAGGAGCAGCUGUACUAGCUGGGUUACUCAGGUUACAAUGCAAUGGAUUCCUCAACCUUGUGAAUGCCCCCGUCUUCGCCAAGGAAAUGGGAAUUGAGAUCACCACAGAAUACAAGGAAGCUGCCUCCCAGUUGGUCCAAGUCAUCGUACAACAGGACGGAAGCCCUGUCUGUAACAAAGUUAGUGGCUUCGCCAGCAACAACUCUUCCAUGCUCACUGAAAUGAACAGUGGUCAAUAUGUGCAGCCUGUCUGCUUAGCUGGGAACCUUCUCAUCUACCAGGCCCAGGCUAACCCACAGGUUAUGCCUGCUGUUGCAGGAGCUCUUGCCGGUGAAGACUGCACCCCAAUGUCUUUUGCAUCCUCCAGCCCAGUCAACGGCCAAGCCUGGAAUGUCAUGCACCUGUCGGUGCCGUUGAAAAACCCGGAUAUACUGAAGCUGCACGUCACCGGCCUUUACCAGCUGACGCUGUAAGACGAUAUUAGUCUGUGAUAAAAAUUGUGGAUAUUGUUAGAAAAAAAUGCUCCAUGUUUCUGAUUCUGUAAACAUGUAUUUUUUCCUUGUGUUGAUCAAGUGUACUGGUUACAAAUAAGCGAGUUCAAGGUUGUCAAUGUGUAUGUGCAUCCAUUUGCCUAACUAACAGCAAAGGAUGCUGCAUUUCAAAAAUAAACCAAACCAACCUACGGAAUCUUCUGGAGGAAAAUACUCCACUCGUAUCCACUUCAAAGGAAAAAGAAGGCAGGGGACACACUCCGGUACAAGCACAGACAGGCAUAUUGGCAUGUGUGUAUUGCUGUUAUGAAAUUGAAAUAUUAAAUUCAGGAGUUUUCUAACUCGCCACAUGAACAUGGCUGGCACACUUCACCACUUGGUUUGUACUGCCACUGCUUCAUUUCAGACACUUUAUGAGUAAGUGAUAAUCAUGGACUCGCUUAUUGUUCAAAACAAUUUGCUACCACCUCCACAACAUAACUCGCAUUACUGAAAAUAACCAAAAAUUACCUGUUUCUGUUCUUUGACCAUCCUUUGCUUCGAGUAAAGCUUGACCCACGAACUUGUACAAAUCCAGUCAUGUUUAACUUUGCAUAAUAGGUAAUUGGUAGAUUGAUUAUGUUGAUGAUACUUGUAUAUUGUUAACUUCCAGAGUUGUUUCGGACAUUUGUCAGUGAAAAAACGUGGACAUUUCCUCCCUAUGUUUUCUAUUGAAAAGUAGGUGUACCGGUGACCUUCUGUAAAGAUACAUGUACCAUACCACGUUUUUUUCGUACAGUUUUUGAGUAGAUAGCUGGUGAAGUGCUACACAUGAAAUUUAGUGUUGUGAUGAAAUUAUCGUACCAAAUAUUCUAUGUAUGUGGUUAGGUUUCCAGCUGUUGUUUUUUCAAUUUGUGCUAUGUUUACAUUUCUGUACAAUAUUGUAUUAUUGUAAUAUCUAUAGUAGACAUGUACCAGUGUCCAGUGUCUAGCAAAGAAAAUAAAGUUUUUUCAAAACUA